AUGGACCCGGAAAAAUCACACGAAGAGGAGACGGUCGAAGAUAUCAAGGCUGGGCUCGCGUUGCCUGAUAUAGAUCCGGCGGCGGAAAAACGACUCCUGUGGAAAGUCGAUAUCCAUGUCGUGCCCAUCCUGACAUUUUUAUUCCUUCUGGCAUUCUUGGAUCGAAUUAAUAUCGGCAAUGCUCGACUUCAGGGUCUAGAGAAGGAAUUGGGUAUGGAAGGACAUGAUUAUAACAUUGCCCUGUUCAUCUUUUUCAUUCCGUAUAUCCUGUUCGAGGUUCCGAGCAAUAUGUUCUUGAAGAAGCUCCCUCCCUCUUGGUGGCUUAGCGGGAUUAUCUUUUGCUGGGGCAUUAUCACAGUAUGCCAAGGACUGACGCAAAGUUUCGGUGGCCUUGUUGCGUGCCGAUUCUUGCUGGGCCUGUUUGAGGCUGGAUUGAUGCCAGGCUGUAUCUACUUGAUUGCGAUGUAUUAUAAGCGCUACGAGUUGCAAUGGCGAUUCAAUCUUUUCUUCAGCGCCAGUAUUGUGGCCGGUGCAGUCAGUGGACUUCUCGCCUAUGCCAUUAGCAAGAUGGAUGGCGUCGGAGGGUACUCCAGCUGGCGCUGGCUCUUCAUUAUCGAAGGCUUAGUGACCGUUGUUACUGGAGUCGCUGCCAAGUUUCUCAUCGUCGAUUGGCCCGAGGUAGCGACUUUCCUGACUGAUGAGGAGCGUGCCUUGCUCCUGCGACGUCUAGCAGAAGAUCGCGGUGAGGCGCUGAUGAAUCGCUUCGACAAGCCAGCGAUCAAGCGCACAUUCUCCGACCCCAAGAUCUACCUUGGUGCCUUGAUGUAUUUUGGAAUCGUCAAUACCGGCUAUGCAACCGCGUUCUUCAUUCCCACCAUCCUCCAGCAGCUUGGUUGGACAUCCGUCCGCGCCCAAGUGAUGACCAUCCCUGUAUACGUCGUCGCGACAAUCACCACCCUGUCGAGUGCCUACGCCAGCGAUCGAAUGCGUCACCGAUUCGGCUUCACAAUGGCAGGAUGUCUGAUCGCCACGAUAGGCUAUGUGAUCCUCAUCUGCCAGGAAUCCGUGACCGUGGGGGUGCGAUACUUCGCCAUCUUCGCAGUUACAUGUGGAGGAUUCAUGGCGCAGCCGAUGUUGUUGGGCUGGCUGAGCAACAACUUGGGUGGACAUUACAAGCAAUCUAUCGGCUCGGCGAUGCAGAUCGGCAUUGGCAAUUGUGGCGGUCUGGUCGCAAGCAAUGUCUUCUACAAUUCGGAGGCUCCGCUCUAUCCAACUGGAUUUGGAGUCAGUCUGGGGAUGGUUUGGAUCUGUGGCGUGGCGUGUAUGAUCUUCUUCGGUUACUUAUACCGUGAGAAUCGACUGCGGGAACAGGGGAAGAGGGAUCAUCGGUAUCAUUGGCCCAGAGAGGAGCUGGAGAAUGCUGGGGAUGAUCACCCCAGUUUUCGGUUUACUUAUUAA